UCUUCAAUAUUAAAAUGGCUACACAAAACUUCACCAAUUUUGAUAGUUUUUAAAAAAUGCAUACUGAUAUGACAGCUAUCACAAUACACUCUAACAAAACUGUUUCAAAUGAAGUUAAAGACAACUAAGCGCUACUAGAGACAUCUUACGGAAAAAACCAAAUGAACUUUUUGGCCAACCCAAUAUAUGUUGCCCUCAGCUGUGUGCUAUGUGUUCUGUGCAGUGCCCUGCAUACAGCAAUUUAAUAAAUGUCUGCUAAUAAUCAUGACCAUGAAGAACUCCAAAUGAACCAGUUACCAGGAAAAGUCUUCAACUCUGGAACAAGUUAUAUCCAAAGGUUCUUUUAAAUGUCAAUCUGAGAUACAGCUAGAAGGAUAAAAAAGAGAUAUCUACUGCAUACUGUUUGCAUUAAAGAAAAAUUAGAAAUGUAAAUUAUAAAGAAACAAAUAAAUGACAGAAUUAGAAGACUCUUGUUUUUACAUAAAAUCCUGAAAAGACGGGCAACUUCAAAGAUAUGCAUGUUAUUUUGGGGGCGGGGGGGGGCAGUUCUGUCACUAGAAAGCUAAUAAUUUAUACAAAUCUCAACUAUUUCCAGUGUUUUAGGAAAAAAUUAUCCUUAAAAACUUAAUUCUAGGCGCACCGCGGGCGGGCCAGUGAAGCCAGCGGCCCUGGCACGUGAUCCAGGACCGGCUUGGUCACUUGGUGGCUCCAUCUGUCUGUCCGUCCGCGGGUGCCAUCAUGGCGGACGCGGCCAGUCAGGUGCUCCCGGGCUCCGGUCUCACCAUCCUGUCCCAGCCGCUCACGUACGUGAAGGUGCUCAUCCAGGGGGGAUAUGAGCCUCUUCCUCCAACAACAGGACGAAAUAUUUUUGGGCAGCAAUUUUGUCAGCUUCCUGGCCUCUCUUGUUAUGCUCAGCACGUUGCGAGCAUCAAUGGGAAGUAUGGAUUGUUCACAGGCUUAACUCCAAGACUGUGUUCAGGGGUCCUUGGAUCUGUGGUCCAUGGUAAAGUUUUACCACAUUACCAGGAGUGUGACAAGGCUGAGGAGUCAGGAUCUGGAAAUGUACAGAAAGAAGUUUCAUCUUCCUUUGACCGAUUAGUUACCAAGGAGACAACUCGAGAGGCGAUGGCUCAUUCUGCUGCUACUCUCAUCAUACAUCCCUUCCACGUGAUCACUCUGAGAUAUAUGGUACAAUUCAUUGGCAGAGAAUCCAAGUACUGUGGACUUUGUGACUUCCUAGCAACUAUCCAUCGGGAAGAAGUCAUCCUAGGAUUUUUUGCGGGUCUUAUUCCUCGCCUCCUAGGUGACAGUAUUUCUUUGUGGCUCUGUAACUCACUGGCCUACCUCGUCAAUACUUAUGCACUGGACAGUGGGGUUUCCACCAUGAAUGAAAUGAAGAGUUCUUCCCAAGCUGUCACAGGAUUUUUUGCCAGUAUGUUGACGUAUCUCUUUGUGCUUGUCUCUAAUCUUACGGCUGUCAACAACCGUGGGCUUGCUGGUGGAUGCCCUCCCUACUCCCCAGUAUAUUCUUCUUGGAUAGAUUGCUGGUGCCUGCUACAAAAAGGGGGAAAUAUGAGCCGAGGAAAUAGCUUGUUUUCCCAGAAGGUCCCCUUUGGGAAGACUUAUUGUUGUGACCUAAGAAUGUUAAUUUGAAGAUGUGGGGCGGGGAAAGUGACAUUUCUAUAGUCCCAGAUGCACAGAAUUAUGGGAGAGAAUGUUGAUUUCUAUACAGUGUGGCGUGCUUUUUAAAUAAUCAUUUAAUCUUGGGAAAAUGGAAAAAAAAAACACUUAAUUCUAUCAUUUUAUAAAUAUUCCUUAGUUCUUUCUACAUAACUGAGCCCACUGUGCGUUCACCUAAGUUCAAAGACUCUAGAUCUAGAAAGCACCAAAUAAGCACCAACUUCAUCAAACAUUGUGCUACUCAACAAUAAAAUAAGGGCAAAACACAAUAAAAUAUUCAAAUUAUGGUUCCAAUACUGCUGCAAACAUUCAACCACUGGCUGGCAGGCAGCAUUCUCAUGCAAUAACUCAAAAUAUUUGUGCAUCGGCUUAAGUACUCCAAAUUCAGAGUAUGGAAGGCAACUAAAAGUGGUGGCUAUUGCAUAUUUAAAAAUGCAGGGAAUUCAAAUGCCCCAAACCAUGAAGGGUGAUUCAAUUAAAAGUGAUGCUGUUGGGCUUCCCUGGUGGCGCAGUGGUUAAGAAUCCACUUGCCAAUGCAGGGGACACGGGUCCCGGAAGAUCCCACAUGCCG